UCUAGAAGACAGCGCGCUAGCGUAUCUAGUCUAUGUGUAUCUAUGGUCGGCACGUCUGGUAGCGUCUCUGGCUGCUGUUGACCUUGUUUUUGGAGUAAAACACAGUGGAAGCUGAAUUAGUGAGGAUGACUCCUGCUCCUGUCAUCUCUAAGCUCCUCCCACAUCUUUACCUGCACAUGAGGAAAAUCACUCCUGUAGAAUGCCGAUCUGAUAGAGCUGACACUUUUAAGAGGAUUAUUGCAAAGGAGAACACAGAGCAAUUACCGUCACCCAUCAUCAUCACACCUGCUUCACACAUGCACACACAUAUUCACACACCGGACUCACACAGACACAAACAAACACAGGCUGCAGUGACGAAAAACUCUGAGACUUGGUGAAGCAGCGAGGAACAAGUGAGGAUGCAGGAAUAUGAUAUUAUUGUGCUUGGAACUGGACUUAAGGAAUGUAUCCUCUCUGGUUUAAUGUCUCUAAGUGGGAAAAAGGUUCUUCACAUUGACAAGAAUCCUUACUAUGGAGGAGAGAGUGCGUCGAUUUCUCCCCUGGAAGAAUUGUACAAGAAGUUUAAGGUUCCAGGUCCUUCGAAAUCCACAAGCCGUGGGAAAGAGUGGAACAUUGACCUCAUCCCCAAAUUUUUUCUUGCCACUGGUCAACUGGUGAAAAUCUUGGUGCACACUGAGGUUACUCGCUAUCUGGACUUCAAAGUCGUUGAAGGCAGCUAUGUAUACAAAGGUGGCAAAGUGCACAAAGUCCCUGCCACAGAAGAAGACGCUCAUUCUUCAGAUCUGAUGGGCAUGUUUGACAAGAGAAGGUUAAAGAAGCUGCUGCUCUUCGCCCUCAACUUUGACGUGAGAAACCCUCGCACCUACCAGGACAUUGAUCCUCAGAAAACAACCACGCGGGAUCUGUUCGCUCGCUUUGACCUGGGCCUUGAUGUUAUAGAGGUCAUAGGUCAUGCCAUAGCAUUACACAGCAGCGAGAGUUACCUGGACGAACCCUGUGUGGAGACUAUCAGCAGGAUCAGACUCUACGUUGAGUCUCUGACCCGCCACAGCACCACACCGUACCUGUACCCCGUGUACGGGCUGGGAGAACUACCGCAGGGAUUUGCCAGACUGAGCGCAGAAUAUGGAGGAACCUUCUUGUUGAAUAGAACAGUGGAUGAGAUUGUGAUGGACAACGGCAAAGUGACAGCUGUGAAAUCUGAGGGGAAGCUGUUCCACUGUAAACAGUUAAUCUGUGAUCCCAGCUACGUUCCCAGUCGGGUCAGGAAAGUCGGACGGGUCAUAAGGGUGAUCUGUUUAUUAAACCAUCCAGUUAAAAACACUCACGAGGCCAACUCCUGUCAGAUCAUCAUCCCUCAAACACAGCUCAACAGAAAGUCAGACAUCUAUAUAUCUGUAGUCUCCUUUAACCACAACGUGGCCUCAGACGGGAUGUACAUCGCCACAGUGAGCACAACCGCAGAAACCAUCAACCCAGAAAAAGAAGUGCAGCCGGGGCUGGAGCUUCUCGAGCCCAUCAUGCAAAAAUUUGUGUCUGUCAGCAACCUGCUAGUUCCAAAAGACGAUGGAACAAAGAGUCAGAUAUUUGUGUCUCGCUCAUUUGAUGCAACAAACCACUUUGAGUCUGAAUGUGUAGACAUCAAAGAUAUGUACCGCCGGCUCACAGGAGCAGAGCUCAGCUUCGUGGCAUCACGACACCAGUCUCAUAACUCAGAUGAAGACUGAGACAGACUUGUGAUAUCAGGACCAAAUGAUUCAACAGCUGGAAGGCCAAAAUGACAUAAUGAUGAUUAUGCUGCACAGCGGUAAAGCAGUGGGUGUUAUGUAGCAUGUAGAGGGAACUCAGUGUGCUUUGUAAAUGUUCAACAUCUUUUGUUCCUCUAAUUUGUUUGCUGUACUUUCUCCCUUUUGUGAAAAUCUGUAAAAUGUGAAUUUGUUGAAUAAGUGUUUGGAAAACAUUUUCCUUUGUUAAGUCCUGUCACGUUAAUCCUCUGGAAUUGAAGCUUUUUUUUUUUGGAAAAAAAAAAAGGACAAUAUAAAACAUAAUACAGUGAAUCAGUGAUGUAUCUUCUAAUACAA